AUGUCGGAUGCUUUUCCUCCGUUUGAGUUGGAUCUUGUGAAUGCUCACAAGUGGAUGGAUUUUAUUCAUGAUAGGAUUGGUGAUGAUCAACUCUAUCAAGUGCCAGAUCAUGUACCAAAACCAAGAACAACCAGACAAGAAUAUAAUACCUUUUUGAAUAAUUUUGUUAUGAAUGGCAAUGGAAAGUUUCCAAAAGUUUCGGAAAAGUCCAAAGAUUCCUACCGAUCAACCUAUGAUUUCCAUGCUGAAGAAGGAGGAAAAUUGAGUCCUUUGGGUAGAAUUUGGAUCAACCAAUAUCAAAGAAAAGAGCAAUCUUCUCAGAACAAGCAAGAUGAGGAAUCGGUGGAGGAAACAAUAGCUGAUCCAUCCUUGCUUGAAUUAAUUAGAGGGAAAUUAUCAUUCGAUUUAAAGUUUAGAAUUAUUUCAAUGAUUCCUUCAACUUCCAGAAUUGUGAGACAAUAUGAAAAUCAGCAGUGGAGUGAAUUGUUUCCUGAUGAUUUUUCAAUUGAUUGUAAUGUGAAAGACUCUGCAUUUGUUUCAUAUCACAAGUACAGAAUUAUCUCCAAAGAGUUUAAUAAUAGAAUGCAAAAAAAGUUGAUGGAAUUAGAUUCACUCAACUUGGCAAAGGUAUUUAGUAUGGGCCAAACACCAAAACAGCUUGAAAAUUUGGUUAAAACAGCUUAUUUACUUUCAUUUAUCAAUUCCAAAAGAAAGUAUGUUUUGGGUAGGACCAAAGAUGUUGAGAAUAUCAAUAUUUACCAAGACUUUUCAAAAAUUCAUUCAUGUUUACGUUCCUGUUGUGCAGAGAUGAAUAAUUUGGUCACUCAUUACUUUGUAGGAGGGACACUCUAUUUUAAUUCUAGCAUAGCUUUCUUUCAUUCUGAUAAAACUGAUCUCGAACUUGAAGAUCAAGACAAGGACAAACAGGAAGAAAAACAAAUAGUUCAGAAUGAAGAUACAGAAGAGUUUGGUGGUAUAUUCGUUGAGCCAGAGUAUAUACCAAAAGAUACUGAAAUAGCACCUCAAACUGAGGAGGAUAUUGUAAAAUAUUUUGAACUCCAAGAUCUUAACUAUGGAAGACAUAAUUUUGACUAUAUAAUCUCUAGAUCAGAUAGAGAGAAUCAGAAGAAAGAAUACAAAAAAAUAGCAUUACAAAACAAAUCGUUAGAUUUCAAAGGAAAUAUAUAUAACAAUCUUAUUUUACACUUGCUGCUUGAAAAUGGAAAAGAAAUUCCCCAAAAUUUGGAUGAAGAUUUAUUACUCUCCAAGAAUUUCAAAAAGAAUGGCUUAGAGGAAAUAACAUUUGUUAAUUUUGGCCUCAGUUCACUUUUUGAAUGUAUAAAAAACUCUAGACAUGUACGAAGAGUAGGCGUAAAUGAUCAUGAUAAUUUGGCUUUGUUUACAAAGAAACAAGUUGAUUUUAGAGAAAGUGUCAAAACAGCAGUUAUUUCCUCACUUGAAAAUAAUGUACAAAAGAUUGAUGUUCAUCUUCAUCGUGAUGCUUACGGGAUAAUGGAUGAAAUUGAAUUGAUCUGUACACAUUUCCCAAAUGUAAAAGAAAUAAGAGCAUCUAUCUUGUGCCCAAAUAUACAUUAUACUCCAAUGAAUACAUUCCAAAAUACUACUUCUUCAAUUCAAUUCAAAGACAUUAGACAAUCAUUAUCAUAUGACUUGGAGAAGAUUAUUUUCAAGGCACAAAGUUGCCCUUUGACAACAAUGGGGUAUAAUGAAGAAGUAGUUGAUGCAGAAACUGUCGAUACUAAUCCUUUAUUUGAAAAUACAACUUUAGGGGAAGGUUGUUUGAGUAUUUGCUUUUCCUCAAUUAGAGAAUUUGAAUCUCAUAAUAUUGAGUCUUUAGAGAAAGAGUUGGAAAUUGACUUACUUCACUAUCCAACCUUUGUCAUUGCUAUUUUCGAAUCUAAAUCUCAACUUCAAGAAAAAAAAGAAAUCAUAGAUUAUUUUCUUGAAAGGGGAUUUAAAGAAUCAUACUUUAUUGACUCUUUUAAUUCCUAUUCUGAAGAUACAAGAGCACUUGAAGAAUACUUAAUAUUUAGAAGGAAACACUCAAAGAAUCCAAUACUCAAAAACGCAAGAGCUUAUAGUACCCCUUUAACUCAUGAGAAACUUUUUUGUGAUAUUUAUUUAGGUCUUGAUUUAAUUUCAAAUCCUCAAGAAUUUGAAAAAGCAUGUUUCGCUGCAAUUGCACACAAAUGUGUAAGAACUCACAUUCCAGUAUCUUCUCAUAGUUCAGUUUUUACCAAAUUGUUCUUGGCAAAAUUGUUUUAUGAAAAUGCAGACAUGGACUUAUUCAUCUAUUAUCUAGAUCACCAUUUAAAUAUUUGCACCGAAAAGGACAUUAUUGAAGAAGCAGAAAGAUGGGCUUGUGAUACAGUAUCUAAUCUCUCACAUGAAAGAACAAGAAGAACUCUCCAGCUCUUCUUUACAUAUAUCUCAAAACCAAAACAGCAUACAUAUUACCAACACCAAAAAUCUACAUUUAAUUUGGAUAAGAUCUCCUCUUAUAUCGCUUUGUUGGUAUGUGCAAAAGAGUUUAGUUUGGUAGAGGCUUGCCUUACCUUAGCCCAACACUGCUUCAGUAACUUCAAUGAACUAUUUAUCAAACCAUUCUCUACAAGUAAUUUGAAAUCUAAAGUCAGUCGGGUUAACAACAUGGCAGCAGUGAUUGAGGAUUCUUAUGGUACUAUGUUUGAAUAUGAAACAAAGAUCGAAAGAAGAAAAGAACUAUUGAAAAUCAUUUAUCACAAAGGGAUUACAGACUUAGAAACCAAAAUUGAUUCAUCCAUCCUUGAUGAAAAUUGUAUUGAAGACAAAUUAAGAGACCAAACUACAAAUAUUUUGGAUCUACUGUGUUCUUGUGUUGGAUCUGAGAUUUUAGUACUGUAUGCUAUUGAUGUAAUGACAUCAUCACAAUUAUUGUAUCAAGAUAGUUGGGGAAAUACUUGUUUACAUAUUAUUAGCGAGCAAACAAUUACAAAUAUCGAACUUUACGAAAAAAUUAUUGAAAAGCAACCAAAGAUUGUCAAUGUUCUUAAUAAUGAUCUCAAUACUGUGCUACAUGUGAUUGCCUAUUUACCAUUCCCUUCCUUAUUCACCGUGGGAAAGGUGUUAGUCGAAAAAUAUGGGGCUGACAAGGACCUGAUCAAUGCUUAUGGCCUCACAGCAUACGAAAUUGCCAUGCUAACUAUUUUGGAGAGCAAAUCCUUGAAUGAUGAAAAACAUUAUGAUCUCUCUUGGCUCUUACCAACAAGUGGAAAAACAAAGAAAGAUAUUUUCCACAAAAUGAUUUUAGAUAAACAGGCCAACUAGUCGAAUUAUUAAAGAUACUACCAAUUCAUUUC